AUGUCACCACUCAAACCUAUAUCCCAAUCACGUUCUCUCCGAACCAACCUCUUCCCUUCUCUACACCCACUUCAUCCAUCUCUCACACCUCCUCGUACUACAAGAAAGUAUCCGACGAAAUAUCAAAUAUCAACAAAACCCAAAAUAGUCGGACCCUGUACGAACAAAUCAAAUAAUGUAGUAGUAAAUCAAUCAUACCUUUCCAAAGCUAGAUCUGAAUUAUUGAAAUUAUCUAAACACACUGGUGCUCCUAUUUCUUCUUUGAUACUUUCAUUCGGGAUAUUACAUGAGGUGACAGCUAUCAUACCGCUUUAUCUUUUUUAUCGAAUGUUUCAAUUUUUUGGAGUAGGAGUUGGGGUUGUUGGGUUUGUUUUAGUGGUAGAAAAUGUGAAUAGUGAGAAAAAUGGGAUUGAAGGGAAAGGGAAAAGUAGUUGGAGAGAAUUGGUUUUGAAUUGGUAUGACGAAGCUGAAAGAAGGGUAGAUAGAUUAGGGAAGAAAUAUGGUGUGUUGGGAUAUGAUAAUCACACUUUAGAAGAUGAAGAAAUAGGUCGAGGAUAUGACUUAGGAUCAGGAGAAGGUGUAAGAGAAGGAACGAGUGAUAAAGUGACCAACGCUAUUGCAGCUUAUGUGGUUGUUAAAGCAUUAGCACCUCUCCGAAUAACUAUCUCAUUAGCUUUAACACCUUCUUUCGCAAGGAUAGCUUUGAACCCUAUUCAAAGGUUUUUAUUACGUUUUAGAAGAUGA